CGUGAUGGUUGGCUCUGCAGGAGGACCACCGGCGCGCGCUGUCUACUAUGAGGUGAGCGGCGCCAAUACCUGAGCAAGCUCGUUUUAGAGUCGUUUUUAACGCUGCCAAGCAACAUGAGUUUAUCGACUUGGACAUCCAUUAGCUUUCUUUUUAUCUUUUACUUUUCUUUGUUGGCACUGCUUUGUCUUCGCAUGGCAGAAGUGUCAGUCGCAUCAUUAUUCAGGGAAGUUAAUAUUCAUGGUCACGACGAGUUAAUUGUGGAGACAGGACAAGGGAGAACCGGAAACGGAACGAUAACUAGAUGAAGGUGAGGGAAGGCAGGGAGGGUGAAUGCGACAGGGCUGGAGGAGGCUAGAGAGAGGGAGAGGGACAGCGUGAGUGGCACUGUGGCAGGUGUGCUUGGGAGAGCGUCAGUCAGACCGGCACCUCCAAUGCCAGAUAAGCCUACCGUCCCUCCACACACCAUGCUUUGGGAAACGUUGCAUAGCGACGAGCCGAGUUGCAAGGUGAUGAGUUUUUUUGUCUCCCUCCAGGUUGGGUUUCUCUCCCUGCAGCUCCCCUGUUGAUGGUUGCUACUCUGUCGACUUUCCUUCUGUGGACGAGAGGUGAAGAGUGACACGUGCGGUGGCGCUGGGGAAAUAGUCAUGGCCUUAGGAAGAAAGUUGUGAGCAGCGUGGUGAUGGUGGUGGAGCCCUCUGUGAGCAGGGAAGCGAAACACAGGUUAUGGGUACAUUCUCCCACCUGGGAUGUCCACUGGUGAAGAAGUGUGAAUUGUCGAAACAGUGGCGGGACUCUUGGUGCCGUGCUGGUGAUAGCGGCACGGAGGAGGCCAGGAAGGAGCCGCCACACCUGUCAGCCGCCAUGCAAAGCUGGAAGGACAACCUGGUAAGAGCCGUGCGGGGCGGCGGAGGGGUGGGGGCAGCGGUCCGUAGCGGCGGCGGUGGCGUAAGCGGCGGCAUCACCACUACAACUAGUGACAGCAGUAACAGCAGCAGCGGCAGCAACGUCAACAGCAACAGUCCCAGCAGCAGAAACGAGGCUCGGGUGUGCAUGAUGAGUGGCGGUGGGUCUGGCGAGGGUGGGCCGGGGGUGGGGCACAUCAAGCAGGAGGAUGGAGGCUACGGGGCCGCCCCCACCACCCACCACCCCCGCGCCAGACAGCUCUCCUGCUCUUCCCCCAACACCACCGCUGUCUACUCCCCCACCACCACCGCCAUCCCCUCCGAGCUGGACUACAGUGAGUGUGGAGACGAGGCUCAACCUUCACCUAAACACAUGAAGCUCUUCACAGACUCCCCGCCCAGUCCUGACCGACAGUUCUGCUCCUCUACAACCUCCAUGACCAGCGACUCCACCCAUACGCCUUCCGAGAGUUUACGAGAAGAUGAUGGUCCCAAGCGGUCAUGUUUGGUAUGUGGAGACAUUGCUUCAGGAUUUCAUUAUGGAGUAGCAUCUUGUGAAGCCUGCAAAGCCUUCUUUAAACGAACCAUCCAGGGUAACAUCGAAUACACAUGUCCUGCAGCCAAUGAUUGUGAAAUAAACAAGAGAAGAAGGAAAGCAUGUCAAGCCUGCCGCUUCCACAAGUGUCUUCAUGUUGGCAUGCUCAAGGAGGGAGUGAGGUUAGACCGAGUUCGAGGUGGGCGACAGAAGUACAGGAGAACCACAGAGUCCCCAUUUUCUUUGCAUCAAAUGCCUGUAAAAAAAGUUUCUUUAGAAGAUAAUAAGCUCCUGAAGUCCCUUAUAUCAUGCGAACCAGACUCUCUGUACGCUCUAACAGACGUCACUGUGUCCGAUGCAGAUUUUCACACUAUAUCAACACUUGCUGACCUCUACGACAGGGAGCUUGUGUCCACCAUAGGAUGGGCAAAGCAAAUUCCAGGGUUCACCGAACUAGCACUGAAUGACCAGAUGCGACUGUUACAAAGCACAUGGGGAGAGAUCCUGACACUGGGCUUGGCCUAUCGCUCCAUGCCUGCCCAUGCCCACACACUUCAAUUUGCGCCUGACUUCAGCUUAGAUGAGAAGCAAGCAAGAGAAUGCAAUGCAACCGAACUCUUCACUCAAGUGCUAGGAGUUGUUGAGCGGCUAGAGCAGUGCGGCAUCAACAGGGAGGAGUUUCUGCUUCUAAAGGCCCUUGUGCUGACCAACUCAGAUGUACGUCUUCAGGACAACCAGGCCCUCCAUCGGUUAAGACAAAACAUUUUACAGUCCUUGCAUGAUGCUGUCGCAACAAUCAGGCUACGGGAUGCAGUUGUACAGAUGCAGUCACUAUUACUGUGUUUGCCAUCGUUGAGAGCAGCUGAUGCAGCACUGAGAAGAUACUGGCUCUCUGUGCGUCACCAAGGUAGUGUGCCCAUGAAUAAGCUCUUUGUGGAAAUGUUAGAGUCACAUAUGCGGUGAACUAAAAUAAACUUUUCUUCAUGGAUAAAAUGGAGAAGAACAUAUAACAUUAACUGAUCAUACUGUGACAGGAAUGUAUAUGAGCUGGUGAAGGACAUAAACUGAAAAAGAAAGGAACAUAUAAAACAUGCAGGUGGUUGGUGUGAUGGUCCAAAAGUGACCUAAAAGGCUUUCUUGGUUUUAUGUCUUCCAAGAGUUAAGUUGAAGUACAAGUUAUGCAUGACAAGUUAAAGGCUUUACCCCUUUGAUGAUAUGACCAAAGGUGGUCAUAUAAGAGAGGCUAUUACUCCGGCAAGUGCCCGUUUGAGAGCCUACAGGCCGGAAAGUUGUCCACAGAAAUCAAGAGGAAAGCAACUAUACAUAAUAUAUUUCCAGUUUAAGAAUAAAAUUUUGAUAAAGGAAACCUGCCAUGUUGCCAUACACUCAGGUAUUGUUGGCACUUACGUUCAGCCCCAAGAAAGAACACGUCUUAGGGUCUCUGCAAGAUUCCUUUCCAUGUUUGAGCCGGUGUAUAUAACUGUUAAUGGAUGUACUCCCACCGAGAUAAACAAAUGGUGAUUUUGCCACCAUUAACAAAUAAAAAAAAUGGCCAGAUUUUUUUUUUAGUUAAUGACACUACACAACAAGAUAUUAAAAUUGGUAUUAUAAUUUGAUAGGAAAUAUCCUAGGCUCAUGUUUGCUGAUCUCGCCUCACUUGUUGGCAGUUGACUCAGGACAAGUACCACUCCAGUUGCGUGUUUCAAAAACUCAAAGUCGCUGCUAGAAACCUAUGUUGAUAAAAUGUACAUAUUAUUCUUUGUAUCUCAAGGCAUAGGCCUGUGUAACAGUACAACUGCUUAUGUAAGAGAAAUCAACAAAAAAUGUGUGUUGUCUAUUUCUAAUAAAUGUGAAAGUUGUGAUGUUUCUAUGCGUUAUCAGUAACUCUGUAGUCACCAGAGCACAUAUUUAUAACCUUCCUUAAGGUGGAAGUUCAUGCAAGGGUGACCAUGGUGUUAUAUCUCUAGGCUAUGAGGUGCUAGUGUUUCAUGGUGUAAUGUCUAUUUUUUGCCCAGGAAGUAGCCAGUUGUUAAAAUGUCAAAGUAUGAUGUUACUCUUUGACAAGUGUCAUAUGUAACAAGUAAUUUUAUCUUGUGUGAAGUCUUUUAGGCUUAUGCACUGACAAACAAAACUGGUUAAUAGAUAUAUAGUAAGACACUUUAAAUGAGUAUUAUAUUUUUAUUGCUUCCUCAGAAAUUAAUACCUAGUCUUUAGGACUUUACCGUUACCCUAUUAUUUUCAUUCAUCUUUUAGCAUGUUAUAUAUCCCCAGCAACUUCACAUCAACAGUCUUAAAAGCAUUAAUUCAUGAAUAGUGACUAUAUGUUUUAAUUAUUUGCUGUAUGGGUUUAUGCACUUUGAAAAUUCUGUCUAUGUUUACUUAAUGCUGUGGUUCUCAGUCUCUAAAGCCAUAUGUCAAAUAAACUAAAACAAUUUUGCUUAAAUAUUUGUUGUUGUAUCUCAAAUCUUGGUCUCCAAUGAGCAUAGAUCAGAAAGCUUUAUUGCCCCCGAAUUUGGCUUAUUUUUACUACUCAUCCUACAUAUGACAUUCAUGAUAAGUCCAGUAUAUCUUGAGCACCCUCACAUCAUGUCAACAGUCACAAGUCUUAAUAAAAAUACCACCACAAAAUUCAGCUCAAGGCCAUGCAUAUCACAUUCUCUUGAAACAGUUGAAAAUGGGAAGCUCAUUCUCAUAAAUUCAGCAGUUUUGUAAAAGUUUUAAGCUGAUGUUUCAUAAAAUGGUAAUUUUGGCAUCAGCUGCAAAUUCUCUGCUUGUUCAAGGUGAUUAGAGAAUCACAUGUUUCCCAUUACUUUCAAAGAGUUUUUACUACAAUUAACAUAACUUUUAUGGCACACAUUUCAUUCACUGAAUUGCUUUUCUCCCUUUUUAAUUAAUUAAUCAUGAAAUAUAAAAAGAUAGCCAGCUUACACUUGAUGCUCUUAUAAACAACUAACAUUUGAUUUAAUUACAUCUUGGCAAUAUAAUGAAUCACUUAUUUGGUGUUAAUUAUGGAUAGGUGACCAUUAGUCCUACUUUUUCAUUUUAUAAAGAAGCUAUAGUGUACUUUUGUUAUAAACAGUAUUAUGCUUAACUAAAUUCAACAACACAAAUACAUAUCAUGUCAUUUCAACGUAUUUUAAAGAAUAAUUUUACUAUUGACAGUAAACCUGGUAAUGCUGUUUUCUUAUUUUAGAAGUUAGUGUUGUCCUACAUUACUCCUACACAGUAUAAUAAAAUAGCUCACUAAAUUAAAAUCCCAGCAGUCUAUUCACAAUGCCUAGAUAUAUACUAAUUUUCCUUACUUUGUUUUCAUUAUAAAUUUGACAGUGAUAAAAAAAGUUAAUUUGUUAAAGUCAUUGCUUUGUAUUUUUUUCUACAUAAAGGACAGUUGCAAUGGCACCAAUCUUUACUUGUAAUUGGCAAUCAUAAAGGCUGAUAAAGCAAUACAUGAAUUGCCUCUCUCAUCUCUCAAAUUUUCACAGCAAGAUAGGUAAUAUACCCCUAAAAUCACAUGGAUAUAUUGUGUUGUUUUCAAUUGAAAACACACAACUUCUAAAGCCAGGAAAUUUGUCAUCAGUAUGUUAUAUUCAUCAAUAUCACUUUUUGGACACUCAAAAUACUUAACUGCUUAGUUUCCUUCACAUCUUUCUAGACUUCAAUAAAAUGCUUAACUGCUUGAUUUCCCUCACAUCUUUCUAUACUGAGGAAGGCUAAAGUAGAUAUGGUAGCAGGAUAUUAAUUCAUUUUUAUACUUCUGGUAUCAGUUUCUAUAUUAUUUGCUUUCACAUAUUUAAAGCCUUAAAGCACUUUCUAAUCUAGCUUACUUUUUCUGUAUGAUAACCUGCAAAUCUCAAACUAAAUUACCCACCCUUAUAUCAUCUAAGUUCAUCUCAUCAUUGACUUAGAACUCUGGACUGAUACAUAUGUACAUUCAUAUAUGAAUUUCCAUUCUCUUCUCACCUGCUCAAUGGUCACCAACUAAACUGCCAUGUGAGUGACAUGUCAGCUACACGUGCACCAUGAUAAUGCCUUAAAUGUGACCUACUAAUUAAAUCUGUUCUGGCAAGAGAGAGAGAGAGAGAGAGAGAUCCAUCUGAUUUUCAUGAUCCACCUUACAUACUGUUGUUGGUGCCAGUUUAGCUACUAUAGUAUUUUGAGCAUAUGGAUGUAUAUGUGUAUGUAGAGAAAACAAUAUGCAUAGGGUUUCAGACAUCUAUAAAUAAACUAAUUAUAUACAAAAACACAAAUUUUGGGGUUGCUAAAACAUUAGGUGUGCAUACUAAGACUCUUAUAAAAACAAAGUUGACAAAUAAUGGCAAAAAAUCUCAGGCAGUCAGUCAGCCCAAAUAUGCAUAGUUGAUCUUGAUGAAAGUAACAUCGACAAUACCUCUUACCAACAUUGCAAUAGCAAAUGCUUCUCUACCCUUACUAAUAAAGCUGCCUAAGGUACAUCUAUUCACCCAAACAGCAAACUAUUAAUCUUCAAGUAUUGUCAUACUUAGAUGGGCAAAGUUCUCAACAGAAAGGAUCCUGGAUUACUGCCUUUGCUGCACUGCCACUUGCUAUAUUCAUUAAUCUUGGCUCAUUACCAAAAAGCAACUGCUCACUACUGCUUCCAAAAUAUUAUUCCCAAGAGAAUUGAUGAGGGCUCCAGCCUUGUAUUCCCAUAAUGUAACACUUAUCUGCACUACUUCUACAUACCAAUGUGCCUAUAUUUAUUCAAGUUAGCAGAAACUUUUCAUUCAAGUUUUUCACAAAUUUAUGCAUCAAGAUAACCACAAAUUCAUGAAUCCAACCUAAAGCACAGACCAGUUGAAUAAGCAUGCCAGUUAUGUGUGCGAGAAAGCAAACAGGUAGAAAAGUCUCUUUACAUAUGUAACUGCAAGCUAAAGGUGCAGCAGAAUAAGAAGUAUCGAAUAUAAGUUAUAAAAAAAUAAACAUGAUUUACUGCACUGAUGGUUACACCAAUGUUUUAUUUUAAUACAAGAAAACUAUUUUGAUACUGUUCAGCAGGGUAGAAUAACUUGCCUUUUUACAAUCUUAAUCAUCAAGACAUCACACUCAUCAAAUGUAGGGUCCGAGAGGCACAAGACAUUCAUGAUUGUUACCUGCACAUCAUACUCUUAUCACAAGAACAGUCACUGCUUCAUGUACUGUUUUGUUCAGAAAACAUACCAGACUCACAUAUUUGCACCACAGUGCAAUAGCUGAAGUAUUCACAUGGCUGUUUAGAGAACCAUAAUCAAAGUGAUGUAUUAUUCAUGCACAAUUUAAAAAAGUGUGAAUGAAACAUGCUUGAAUUAUUUUCAGUAGAUAUCAACUGUAGAAUUUCUACAGCUUCAACCAUCAAAACCACUUGUUUUGUUAGUGCAUAACCUACCAAAGAAAUAUAAGAUGGCUGAAAAGUUCAUAUCUGCCUCUAGAAAAAAAAAACUUCCUAAUUAGGUCCCAUUAUCCAGUGAGAUGCUUCCUGCAGACUUUAGGUUAGCCAACACCUAGGAGCUUUUGCUCAUCCUUGCUUAUUUAAUAGUUUCUAGUUCAGUGUAAUGCCACCAACUGCAAUGGUAACUGUAGUGUCCUAGAUGAAGUAAAAAAAAUAUAUAUAAAAUUUUGUAACCAACAACUUGAACAGCAGUGCAACAUUUGCAACCCAUUGUUAACAGAAAAUCUGCAGGCAGAAUAUGAGGUUUAUAGCCAUCAUUUUCUCUCCUUGAUAAAGGGAAGGAAGAGGUGGGAUUUUAAAAUAUGAUUGUGAUACAUAGUGCUAUAUUCACUACUCUGUGCAAUAAUCUUUAAAAUUGAAUUACAUGUAUGACAUAAGGAAAACAAUAUGAUUCACUUUUAACUACUUAUUGGGCAUUAUUGUCAUCACUGAUA